AUGGCGACCGACACAGCUCAUCAAGACCAGAAGAAACGAACAAUGGAGGCAUUAGAGCGAAGGUUUGCCCUAGCUGAAGCCGAGCUUCGUCUACAACAAAAGAAGAGCAAGAAGAGACCUGGUGAAGAAAUAAACAAAGUUGCUCUUAAUACCAAUUCUUCGUCAAUUGAUGCAUCUGUCACCCAACACUCGUCGAAUCCCUUGUCGAAAAAAGAUGUGCAAGUAAAUGAUCCAACAUAUUCUCAACUCUCUCAUCCUGUGCAUGAGAAUCUGUUGACUACCAAUGCCAAGAUUUCUAAUAGACAAGGAACUGUAGUUGAUCAGGUUUUGCAUGACCUUCUCCAAAAGGGUGACUCAGCCAAGAAAUACAUGCAGGGAUCGAGAAGCAUGAAAAUCGACAAUUAUAUCCUUCUUGAUAAUUUUGUACAAAAAAGUAAUGCAUCUGCUGGUUCCCAUAGCAGGGCUUUACGGAACCUAUCAAGACGAUCUAAAAAGCACAUGUCCAUGAAGCAACAUAAAAAGUGUGGAUCAUUUAAUUUGUCUCAGGAGCUCCAUAAAUUUGAAAUUUUCAAGCCAAUGCAUGAAAUGUGGACAGACUAUAUUGCCAAACUUCUGAAAAAUGUUGGGAAAAAUCAGCUGGCACAAUGUCUUCUUAGUGCAGACCUGCAUGGUGCACUUAUUUUAGUUGUUCAGUCAAAAAUAGCUGCCUUCAUCGGAGUGAGUGGUAUCAUGAUUCGUGAAACUGCCAAGACAUUUGGAAUAAUUACACAAGAUAACAAAUUUCGAGGUAAUACAAUUACCAGUUCAAAAUCAUAUUACAUUGAUUGUUCAGUUUUUGCUGUCUAAUUCUUCCAAAUGUUUUGCAAGGCAUAUAAUGCUAAAUUUGCCCUAGUACUGUUGUUUAUAUCUAACUUGUCAAUAAUAUUUGCUACUUUAUUGUGGAUAUUUUUUUUAAUAUUUUUUUAUUUGGCUCGGGUUCUGCUCUCUAUUCUAAAUGAUCUCACUUUAAUACACAUGACCUUGAGGCCUUCUAGCAGUAUUAGUGCAACUUGGAUUGUAUGCAUGGAUGAUUGUUCAACUUUUUGUUGGAUCUCCCUUUCUCUUGUUGGCAAGUCCUAAGGAUUGUACAUCUAAUCAUGUUUGUUAUUUAAGCUAUUACAGUUGUGCCAAAAAAGGAUUCUGUGUUUAUACUCCAAGUAGAUUGCUGGAAGAUUACAUUCCAUGGAGAUAAACUUACAUCCAGAACUGUGGUCCCAUAAUCUCAUUAAUUCUUGUUGUAUCUUGGCACUUACUUGCAAUAGAGGUUGAGAAAGCUUGGGGGGAAAUACUCAAAUGGGAUGUUCUCCUUACAUUAUCUCGGAAUCACUGACCUAUGGCUCCGUCAGAUCCAAGGAAAUAGACGAGUGCCCAUGUAUCUAACAUCCAAAUAGAAAUGUACUGCUUUAAUUUAUUGUUAUUGUACCAGUAAAUUGAGAAAAGAGAAGGCAAGACAAGAUCUGAAAUUUUCUGCUUCAAAACUGUCAUCUACCUUCUAUUUUCCUCAUGUUGCCUCUAUAUAUUCAAUACGCAGCUCUGUACAAGAGGCUUUUACCAACCUAAUCCAAUUUUUAUAGAGUGAGCUGUCACCCAAAAUUUCAUAUGGUCG